AUGCACUACUGCUGGCGGCAAGGCAGAGCGAUGAUCGCCCUGCUCAAUUAGGAGGGCAUCGCUGGCCAUCCUCUCCCCCUGCUGGCAGGGACACGCACCCGCGUCACCUGCCUCGACGCCGCCAACGGCACGAUGAUGGGGCUCAUCUGCCCUCGGCGGCCGUACGGAGAAAUUCUGCAGAAGAAGCGGUGCGUGUGCUCGUCGAGGCCAUCGAGCAUGCGGGACGGGAUAGAGACCAUGGAGCCACUUGCCAGGCAUCCGCUGCCCCAACCUCUACCCUUGCUGGACAGAGAUGUCGGCGGCGGCGCAGCAGCCCAUGCUCAUCGACGCCACCAAGGGGAUCGAGGCUGCACUGAAGGUUCCAAGCACGCACUCGAUCCUAAAAGUGAGCAUGGGGGAGCUGAGCAAGCGCACACCCCAGUUCACUCCGGAAAGCGCGGUCGAGUACGCUCUGGCGACAUCUCGAUGGUGCGUGUGCUGACCGUCACCGAUGACCCUCCCUUUGUGCACAUGCAAGGGCGGGGCCGCCCACACGCCCGAUGCCAUUUUCUUUUGUUGACUACCCCCAAUGAUGCGAACCCCGAUGGAGGAGUUUCGGUUAGCACCGUCUGCAGCCCCCGCCAAUUGCCUUCAACAGGAUGCCGCUCCGUGUUCGGAAAAGAACAUCAAAUCGCAUCGCCAGCGACAUCACAAUCUCGCACAGCGUGCGUACCCAACAUGCCCGCCAAAAAGAAUGCAGUCGUACCCCGUGCACGCACCCAUAGCAGCAAGGAGAACGAGACAUAUUCUCAAGGCGCUCACGUUAUGUGGCACGUAGAGCAGCAUCCACAGCGCAAUAUCCACGCCGUUUUCCGCUCCUUCAGCUCUAUGUCUGUUUCCCGUUUUGUUGCGUGA